AACUGCCAAAUUAUAUGCUAAUAUUUAUUUCUUAUAAGAUGUAUUUGGUUUGGUUAUACCCUCCACAAUGAAUAAUAGCUAUCUUCAGGAACCUACCUACUCAACUCAACUAUGAAAAUUCUGAAAAUAAUGGCCGAAGCUAAUUCCAAGAACUAAUUCAUCAAAAGCAUGCAUAUCUUCAAGAACAGAUCCAACAACUUCACCAUUUUUGGUGGUUCAUAUCAACUCCAAAAUCCAAAUUGAUCUAAGAUUUUCAGCAGUGUAUAAAGAGUAGAGUUCAUACCUCUUUGCAGAUCACCACAAGAAUAUUCAAUCCUCUGAGUUCUACAAGCAAGAGAAGCUCUGCAUACCGACUCUGCAACAUGUUCAGGCAAUCGUCUUCUCGCGCCUUCAUCGCAAUGGCGAUCAUUGUGGUGCAUUUUGUGGCGUUUAAGUCUGCAGCUGUCACCGCUAAUACUGGGGGGGAGGAGUCUGUCCUUGAAUUUUACAUGCAUGACAUUCUCGGCGGUGGUAGCCCAACAGCGAGACCGAUUACUGGCCUACUGGGGAACAUAUACACUGGUCAAGUACCCUUUGCCACACCUAUAGACUUCCUUCCCCCAGACGAUGGCAUAGCAAUUCCAAAUGCUAAUGGUGCUCUCCCCACUGUUAACGGCAACAAUGGGAUCCCUCUAGGGACUGGCUUGUCUGGUACAGCUUUUGCUGGAAAUCCCAACCCACAAAAUCUUCCCCAGACCCAAUUGGGACCUGAUGGGUUGGGACUAGGCUUUGGAACAAUUACCGUCAUCGAUGACAUCUUGACAACAGCACCGGAGUUGGGCUCACAGUUAAUUGGCAAGGCACAAGGGGUGUAUGUGGCUAGUUCUGCUGAUGGGACUACACAGAUGAUGGCAUUUACGGCCAUGGUUGAAGGAGGAGAGUAUGGUGACAGCCUCAACUUCUAUGGAGUAUUCAGGAUUAAUAGCCCCUCAUCACAUUUGUCUGUGACUGGAGGAACUGGCAAGUUCAAGCACGCACGUGGGAUUGCAGAGGUGCGCUCGCUCAUUCCUCCUGGCCAGCACGUCACUGAUGGAGCAGAAACAUUGCUGCGGUUCAUUGUCCAUCUAAGCUAUUGAAAACCAAUAUGGUGAACAAAGAACAAUGCAAUUUAUGUGAGGUUAUGAAUGCAAUCAUGGUCUGUAGUUUCUAUCAAAUGCAGCAGCAAGUCAAAAAAUGUAAUCGAGUAUUAUAAAAUUUAAAUAUUUCUAAGUUGUAAUUCUGUUGUGAUCAUAUCGUGAGUAAACUUUGUUGGAUUUCAUGA